AUGGCCAGCAUCAAUAUUAAUACUGUUAACAUUGAGUAAUAGGGUUUCUGCUUAAGUUGCAAAUAAUUGACUGCUAAUGGAACUAUUCUCUAAAUUUAGAAUUUUAAUGAUUCUCUCUAUAAUCAACUCCAAGAAAACAGUUGGCGUAAAUCAGGUCAAUUAUUCUAUCAUUCCAACCCCAAAAGUUGUUGCCAACAAAUUGUCUGCAAAGUACCUGUUUGUCAAUACAGUUCACCUAAAAAAUGUUUGAAAGCAUUAAGGUAUUAUAUUUUAAAUACUCUUAGAAAGUUAACUUAAGAAUAUUUCGAUAUCGAACCAAUUAAAUAAUCCAUAUAUAGCAAUCUGUUAUAAUAUGUUGAUAUAUCUCGUCCUACUCAUGAGACUUUGAAAACUAAAUAAGCUUUCCAAAACUUUUUACUAGCACUAUCCUAACGUUUGCAAUUUACUUGUUUAAAAAAAUAUGGUUUUAGAGAACAUUCACAUGAUGAACUUAAAAAACAUGUCAUCUCAUUGAAUAGCGAAUUACAUAUGGAUGUAAAAGUAGAUAAAAAAAAUUAUUUACAUUUUAAAUGGCCCAGUGACUUUGUAGCUUUGUUAAAAAAGUCAAAAAGAAGUAAUUUAGUUGUAGUAACUAAAUAAACAAUUUAUGAUGAAGAAGCUCAUAAUUUAUUCAAUGAAAAUUAUUUUCAAGUUUCAAAACAGAGUUAUGAAAAAAUGUUUUGUGAUUCAUAAUCUCAUAUGAUAAAAUAUUAUGGUGAUUCUUAACUUUCAGCUAUCAGUUAUGUCGAAUUUAGAUAAAACUCAUUUCAUAGAUUGAGUUUCCAUUAUACUUAGUAAAUCAAAGAAAUAAAUAGAAUUGCCAUAGAUUAUGAAAUAAAGUGGGCAUAAUAAUUAAAUUUAACAAAUUAUUAUUAUAUUAAAACAGCUUAGAAUUCAGAAAAUUAAAAUCAAGUUAUCAAUUAAAAUAUUGAUGACAAUUUUUCAAUUUUUAGAGGAUAAAAAAUGAUUCAGAUCAAACAACUAAGAUCUGCAUACUAAAAGUAUCUGAUAGAAUUACUAACUAAAAUGAACUCGAUAAUGGGUCCAUAAUUAUUUAAACUUUUUAUAUUUAAAUAUGAAUGA